CUGAGUUCAGAGUGCAGAAAACAGAUUACAUGCCUGCUAUUGUGGUGAAAUGCUUUCCAGAGCAAGCAUUAGCAGUAUGUACACAGUGCCAGAUGAAUUAAGCUGGCACUUCUGUUUGCAGCUCCGGUAGGAGAGGAUUGCUUUUCAACACCUCGCGUCUGCUGUGCCGUGUCUGGAGUCGGAGCUGAGUGGAGCUGCCGGGAGGACACAUGUGACAGGAGCCACGGGUGCAGGGUGGAGGGUGCUGGCUGCCCCAGCUGUCAAGGCCUUGCCUGUGUUGGCAGUGUGUACAAUCCCACACCACCGAGCAGACUCAGCAUGUCCCUCCGCGAGCACGCACUGGCCCUCUUCCGCAGCGCAGUGGGCACUGUCCGGCCAGCCCCGAUGCUCAAGAGGGCUGUGAAGCUCCAGGGAGAUGGGGGGCCCCAGCUGCUGGUGAAAGAACAGGCCUUCCCAGUGAAGAGGAACCUGUACCUGGUGGGUUUUGGCAAAGCUGUGCUGGGGAUGGCUGCAGCAGCAGAAGAGAUCCUGGGAGACCAUCUGAUCCAGGGGAUCAUCAAUGUGCCCCUCGGCAUCCAGGAGAGCCUUCAGCAAGCAGGAAUGCAGGAGAUGCUCCUGAAGCCACACAGCAAAAUCCAGGUGAUCGAAGGUGCCAAGAACAACCUCCCCGACCCAGAGGCUUUGAAGGGAGCAACAGCCAUCCAGCAGCUGGCUGAGGGCCUGACUGCCGAUGACCUGCUCCUGGUGCUCAUCUCAGGGGGUGGAUCUGCCCUACUGCCUGCUCCCAUCCCUCCCAUCCUGCUUGAAGAGAAGGAGAAGCUCACAAAGAUGCUGGCUUCCCGAGGAGCUGCCAUACAGGAGCUGAACACUGUCCGGAAGACUCUGUCCUUGCUGAAGGGUGGAGGGCUGGCCCGGCUCGCGUAUCCUGCGCAGGUGGUAAGCCUCAUCCUUUCCGACGUGAUUGGUGACCCCUUGGACAUCAUAGCAAGUGGGCCCACUGCUGCCAGCUCCCACAGCAUCCAAGACUGCUUGCAGAUACUCACCAAAUACAACCUGCUGCACAGCCUGCCCAAGUCAGUGGAAACAGUCCUGUCCAGGUCUCCCACCAAGCCCACUGCUCCAGAAGACUACUCCCACGUUUGCAACGUCCUCAUCGGAUCGAACAGGCUGGCGUUAGAGGAGGCCAAACGCCAGGCUGAGGGCCUGGGCUACACAGCUGUGAUUCUGAGCGCAGCAGUCCAGGGGGAGGUCAGCCAGGUCGCCAUGCUGUACUGCCAGCUGAUCCAGCUGCUGCACCUCGGCUUCACUGGCCUCGGAGAAGGGCCCCUGAGCGAUGGGGUCAGGGGCAACCUCCUGCAGCUGGCGGCAGAGCUAGAGAUCCCUGCUUUGGACCUUGCUGAGUUCCUGCAGGCCCUGCGAGGCUUAGGGCCCAAAAGACCGCUCUGCAUCCUGGCUGGUGGAGAAACCACGGUGCAGCUUCAAGGAACUGGCAAGGGAGGGAGGAACCAGGAGCUGGCCCUGCGUGUGGCACUGGGGCUGCACAGGGCACAGGACAUGGAGACCAGCUGCCCCCCGGGGAGCUGUGAGAUCAUCUUUCUUAGUGGGGGAACAGAUGGGCAAGAUGGGCCAACGGAGGCAGCAGGAGCCUUCUGCAGCCCAGAGCUGGUGGGUGAGGCACUGCAGGAGGGCCUCGAUGUGGAGGCCUUUCUCAGCAACAAUGACUCCUAUACAUUCUUCAGCCAGUUCCAAGAUGGGCAUCACCUCCUGGUGACAGGCUUGACUGGCACCAAUGUCAUGGACAUCCAGGCUAUUUUAAUUAGAGCCACAGAGAGAUCAUGAGAGCUCCCUCUGCAGAUACCCAGAUGCAUUUAAUAGGACCAGGGAUAAAUGAAAGCAUCAAUACUGCAGGCAAAUGUAACCUACUCACAUUAAGAGACUGGGGUUCUAGUAUCUUUGACAGAAAGAAUCCACUAAUGAGACACGAGUGGAUAUCCACAGCAAAAGCAAGCACAUGUAACUGAUCAGAGGAAGGUAGGAGGUCACAUUACAGACACAGAGGCCAGAUUUAACAUUUCUGCUGAGAGCUGCCACUCUUGUGACUGUUUCAACUACAGUUAAAAGACCUCAGGGAAACCUGAGGAGACACAGAGACCCGAAGCCCAGCAUGAUGCACACCUAGCAGUGCAGCUAAGGAGCACAUUGGCCAAGAGAUACAUUUGAUACUGGACACAUGACAGAAAGGCAGUGCACAGUGACAAUGACACAGAGAGUGAUACACCUUUGCUGUGCAGCAUGAGGAAGGCGACAGUUAA